GCGGCCGCCACCGGACAGAGCCUGGCUGCUGGCACCGCGGGCCAUGGCGGACGAGGGCCACCAGUGGCAGGGCAGCAUCCUCUACAACAUGCUCAUGAGCGCCAAGCAACUGCACGCGACUCCAGAGGCGCCCGAGGCGCGGCUGGGGGCUCCGUGCUGGGGCUGCUCUUGUGGCGCCGAGCCCCCGGUGGGGAGAGAGGGGCUGCCGGGUGGGCAAGCAGUGGCGCUCCUGUACCGCUGCUGCUUUUGCGGAGAGGACCACCCACGGCAGGGCAGCAUCCUCUACAACAUGCUCACCAGCGCCAAGCCAGCGCCCGCGGCUCCGGAGCCUGAGGCGCGGGUGGGGGGCUCCUGUUGGGGCUGUUCCUGCGGCGCGGAGCCCCAGCUGGGCAGAGAGGGGCUGCGGGGCGGCCAGGCCAUGGCAUUCCUCUACCGCUGCUGCUUUUGCGGCGAAGACCACCCGCGCCAGGGCAGCAUCCUCUACAGCUUGCUCACCAGCGCUAAGCCAGCGCACGUGGCUCCGGAGGCACCCGAGGCGCGGCCGGGGGGCGCGUGGUGGGAGCGCUCCCACUGUGCUCAGAGACGGGGGUGCAGAGAGGAGCCGCUGGGCGCACGGCCGCUGGCCCUCCAGCCCCGCUGCAGCUUUUGUGGAGAAGACUACCCGCGGCAGUCCGUCACCCCCUACCACUUGUCUGCGAGCGCCAAGCAAACGCGCUCGGCUCCCGAGGCGCCGCCGGGGACGCCCUGGUGGGACCCCACUUGCGGCGCGCUGCGCCGGGUGGCCCUCAAGAGUCCACAAGUGGUCUGUGAGGCAGCCUCGGCUGGGCUGUUGAAGACGCUGCGCUUCGUCAAGUACUUGCCCUGCUUCCAAGUGCUACCCCUGGACCAGCAACUGGUGCUAGUGCGCAGUUGCUGGGCGCCCCUGCUCCUGCUCGAGCUGGCGCAGGACCGCUUGAACUUGGAAACGGAGGAGCCGGCGGAGCCCAGCCUGCUGCAGAGGAUCCUCACCACCAGGCGGCGGGAGGAGGCGGGAGACCAGCCGCCACCCCUGGUCACGCUGCAGCCAAAUUUGGCCCCGCCGGCCGAGACCGUGAGUUGGCCCUUGGCCGCCGAGGUGCAAACCAUCAAAGGCUUCCUGGCCAGGUGCUGGAGUCUGGACAUCACUACCAAGGAGUAUGCCUACCUCAAGGGGACCGUGCUCUUUAACCCGGACCUGCCGGGCCUGCGGUGCGUGAAGUACAUUCAAGGGCUUCAGUGGGGAACUCAGCAGAUCCUCAUCGAACACAUUAGGAUGAUGCAUGGGGGGCACCAGGCCAGGCUUGCUGAACUGAACAGUGCCCUCUUCUUGCUGAGAUUCAUCAAUGUCAACGUCAUUGCAGAACUGUUCUUCAGGCCCAUCAUUGGCACAGUCAGCAUGGAUGACAUGAUGCUGGAGAUGCUCUGUGCAAAGCUCUGACUGCAGGGGGCACACCCAUGCAGCUCAUCAAGAAGAAAGAUGAGGUUCUCUGUGCAGAAGCAUGUGCAAUAGCACAAAAUUAACUUUCAUAUUAUUUUUCACAUGCAUAGUAUUUUUGUAUUCAAUUAAGGGAAAACUUUACUUGCAAUAGAAAUCCUGUUCCAUUACGAAGAAAAGCAAUUUCCCACAGUAACCUAUCUGUAGAUUCUUGAAUGAAAGAACAGAGUACUGCACUAAUAAACUAUUUGCACAAUG